UUACCAACCAAAACAAAACAAACCAAACCAACAAUGGCGAUUCCACCUACCACGGUUAAGCAGGAGCAACAACCCAAUCACACAUCAAAUACAUAUGCUUCAAAUUCAAUUCACUCUCCAACAACUCCCAUUUCCGCUUUGCUUCUAUUGCUUUUGCUCUCACCAAACCAAAUCAGAAUAACCGUCUCCUCUGCGUUUGGUGUUCUUCCCCCAAUUUGUGUGUUCGUCGUAAUUUUCUUCAUUCUCUCUUUCCGAUUUCAGAAAUGGAGGCCAUGCUGUUGAGAACCACCGCCGCCGCCGCCGCCGCCGCCGCCGUGCUCAGCCCCUGCACUACUUCCAGCAAGGUUUCAAUAUCCGGCGGCUGCUCUUUUCCCCAACACAAGCAUUGUAGCUUCCGCGUUCUGAAUUCCGGCUUUUCCAGUAUUCGCAUUCAGGCGAUUAAAGCUUCUCCGUCUACCCCUGAAGUGGAAAAAAACAGGGUAGAUGAAUCUCAUAGAUACACUCUGGACGGGAUCAGAAACUCGUUGAUACGGCAAGAAGAUAGCAUUAUAUUCAGUCUAGUUGAGAGAGCUCAGUUUUGUUACAACGAAAAAACGUACGAUCCCAAUGCUUUUCCCGUGAAGGGAUUCCAUGGCUCUUUGCUCGAUUACAUGAUCAAAGAAACUGAAAAGCUUCAGGGGAAGGUUGGAAGAUACAAGAGUCCGGACGAACAUUCUUUCUGCCGAGAUGAGUUGCCUGGGCUUGUGAUUCCCCCACUUGAGUAUCCACGGGUUCUGCAUCCUGCAGCAGACUCGAUAAAUAUCAAUGCUCAAGUGUGGGAUAUGUACUUCAAAAUUAUCCUCCCUCGAUUAGUCAAACAAGGCGAUGAUGGUAAUUAUGGAUCAACUGCCACUUGUGACAUAUUUUGCUUGCAGACAUUGUCGAAGAGAAUUCACUAUGGCAAAUUUGUGGCUGAAGCGAAAUUCCGGGCCUCCCCCGAUGUAUAUAAGGCUGCCAUUGAAGCACAAGAUAAAGGCCGAUUGAUGGAGUUGCUGACAUAUCCAGCGGUGGAAGAGGCGGUUAAAACGAGGGUGGAGAUGAAAACACGAAGAUGCGGGCAAGAAGUGAUUUUAGAUGGAGGUGAAGAGAAUGCCCAACCAUUCUAUAAAAUAGAUCCGAGCCUAGUUGCUGAUCUGUAUGGGGAUUGGAUCAUGCCUCUGACGAAGCAAGUUCAGGUUAAGUAUUUGUUGAGAAGGCUCGAUUGAAUUGAAACAAUUGUUGGAUGAAAUUUACUAUGCGCAUAUGUUCAUAGAUGUUCAUAGAGAUGUGUACUUCUAUAAGAGUUUCUUGACUGUGUUGUACAAUCAUGUGUGUGUGUUUGGUGAGGUAGAGAAUUGUUAAACCUUAAACCAGCAGUAUGGAUUUAUAGUAUGAUGAAUUUUUUCGAAGUGCUUGUUGCAUUGUGUGCGUU